AUAUGUAUGCUAUGUAUUUUUUUUUUUUAAAAAAUGUAUGCCUAUGUAUUUUUCUUAAUUUCAUUAUGGUUAUAGAAUUUCUCCUUUGUUUAUCUGCAGCCUAUGGCUAAAUGAUUCGUUUUGGGCACUCAUUAUCUGCUAUAUAUACCUAUAUAUUUAAUUUCCUUGCCGUUGAAUAACCGUUCUGUUUCUUGUUUAUGAAUUGUAUUCUAAACAAUGACAAGUAAUUAAAACAAAACUCUCAUAGAUGCUCGUAUGCAAACUAGCAGCCAGGUCUUGCGGUGUGUUGCCAGAUUGUGUGGGAUUCUGCUCUAGUCAUACUGCGCAUGCGCAUGGGAAGCCUAGGGUAGGCCCUGCUGUUUUUCUAACUCUAGUUCAAUCCUACACUGCCGUCUCAACCAAAACAAGGCGCAAGAAAAUCCCCCGCCUGGACGGCAAAUAACCGAGGGUUUCCAUUGUCAUUGGAUUUGAGUUAUUUUGUUUGGACUUAAAGUGCUCAAUGACAAUCUACAAGAACCCUUCUGCAACUUUUCCAACCUAAAGAAGAUUUAAGAGCAGAUUUAUAGGGGUUCAGGAGCGUUGCUGCUAUUACAGAAAUAAUGAUAUGAGAGGGGGUUAGUGCUAACAUGUGGUGCCUCCAGUCUUGCACCCGACUGAAAGCACAUACACCCCACAGGGACCCACAGCAGGCUGUUCUACCUUGACCUCAGAAUCCUCCGAUUGACCCUGCACACAAAAACAUUCAUAUUUACACGCACCUUCUGUCUUGCCCACCGAUUGUCCUCAUCCUACAUCCUGUGGCAAGCUUUUCUCUUCCUUCCUUAGAGCAAGCAGGGCUGGAGGCUAAUGUACAAAUGUCUACCUCACGCUUAAAGAUCCUCUCUCUACAACUGCGACCCUGAACACACUACAAAAAUGACCUCCAGCAUAGACCGGGAUGACAGCAGUAUCUUUGAUGGGUUGAUGGAAGAAGAUGAGAAGGACAAAGCAAAAAGAGUAUCUAGGAACAAGUCGGAGAAGAAGAGGCGAGACCAGUUCAAUGUGCUCAUCAAGGAACUGGGCACCAUGUUGCCGGGCAACACCCGCAAGAUGGACAAGUCAACCAUCCUACAGAAGAGCAUCGACUUCCUGCGCAAGCACAAAGAAAUUGCUGCGCAGUCUGAGUCAAGUGAAAUCCGUCAGGACUGGAAGCCGCCAUUCCUUAGCAAUGAGGAGUUCACACAGCUGAUGCUGGAGGCACUUGAUGGCUUCUUUCUGGCCAUCAUGACGGACGGCAACAUAAUCUAUGUCUCAGAAAGUGUUACGUCUUUAUUAGAACAUCUACCUUCUGAUCUUGUGGAUCAGAAUCUGUUGAAUUUCCUUCCACGGGGUGAGCAUUCGGAGGUGUAUAAAGCCCUGUCCACACACAUGCUGGAAGGAGAGACCCUCACCCCAGACUACCUAAAGACAAAGAACCAGUUAGAGUUCUGUUGCCACAUGCUCCGGGGCACGAUCGACCCGAAAGAGCCGCCCGUUUAUGAGUAUGUCAAGUUCAUCGGAAACUUUAAGUCUCUCAACACUGUGCCUAACUCAACACGUAAUGGCUUUGAGGGAGUGAUCCAGCGAUCGCUGAGGCCGGCGUUUGAAGACAGAGUGUGUUUCAUAGCAACCGUGAGGUUAGCCAAACCUCAGUUUAUCAAGGAAAUGUGUACUGUGGAGGAGCCCAAUGAGGAAUUCACCUCCAGACACAGUUUAGAGUGGAAAUUCCUUUUCUUGGACCACAGGGCGCCUCCCAUCAUAGGUUACCUACCCUUUGAGGUUCUGGGUACUUCAGGGUACGACUACUAUCACGUGGAUGACCUGGAGACUCUGGCCAAGUGUCAUGAACACUUGAUGCAGUAUGGUAAGGGGAAGUCGUGCUAUUACCGUUUUUUGACUAAAGGUCAGCAAUGGAUCUGGCUUCAGACUCACUACUAUAUCACCUACCACCAGUGGAACUCAAGGCCGGAGUUCAUUGUCUGCACACACACUGUGGUCAGUUAUGCUGAAGUGAGGGCUGAACAGCGCAGGGAGCUGGGCAUUGAGGAAUCGCCUCCUGAGAUCUCAGCAGACAAGUCUCAGGACUCCGGCUCUGAGUCUCAGUUAAACACCUCUAGCCUGAAGGAGGCCCUAGAGCGAUUCGAUCACAGCCGCACACCCUCCGCCUCAUCGCGGAGCUCCCGCAAGUCCUCCUCACACACCGCCGUCUCGGACCCCACGUCCACACAGACAAAGCUGCAGACAGACCAUAGCACACCACCCCGCCAAUCAGUGUCAGCCAUUGAGAUGACAUCACAGCGGAGGUCCUCCAUUAGCAGUCAGUCGAUGAGUUCUCAGAACACAGGACAGACAAUGGCCACAUCUCUUGUGUCUCAGCCUCAGCAGCCUCAACCACUUCAGCCCACUGUGCAGCCAGUGAUUCAAUUUUCCACACAGAUGGAUGCGAUGCAGCAUCUUAAGGAGCAGCUGGAACAGCGAACACGCAUGAUUGAGGCCAACAUCCAGAGACAACAAGAGGAACUGCGGCAAAUCCAGGAGGAGCUGCAGAGGGUGCAAGGGCAGGGCUUACAGAUGUUCCUGCAGCCAGGAGGCGGUGGUCUGAACCUGGGCUCAGUACAGCUGACCCAGGGAUCGUCCGUGCAGCCAGGGAGCGCUCUGUCUAUGCAGGGGGCGGUGGUGCCGGCGGGGAGCCUGCAAAGCGGCCUGCAAUCCACACAUACAGGGACACAACACACUGUUACACAGCAUCCUCAGCAGGCACCGCCACAGCAACAGAACCUUCUCAGAGAUCAGAGCUCCACCCUAAAUCAGUCUCAGAGGUCAUCUCACACAUUGCAGUCUCCUCAGGGAGCACUUCCUGCAUCUUUGUACAAUACCAUGAUGAUCUCUCAGCCGGCGCAGGCCAAUGUUGUGCAGAUCUCCACAAGCCUGGCCCAGAACAGCAGCCCCAGCGGAGCAGCGGUUGCCACCUUCUCACAAGACCGGCAGAUACGGUUCCCUGCUGCCCCACAGCUCCUCACUAAGCUAGUAACCGGCCCAAUGGCAUGUGGUGCAGUCAUGGUGCCUACCACCAUGUUCAUGGGGCAGGUGGUGACUGCGUUUGCCCCGCAGCAGGGCCAGGCUCAAACAAUCAGCAUCACUCAGCAGCCGUCUGCACAGACGCCGGAGCAGCAGGCUCAGACGCAGUCACAGACAGCUACAGGAACAGCCCAACAGCAAGGACAGGCCCAGGCUCAGCUCACCCAGCAGCAAACACAAUUCCUACAGGCCCCUCGGCUUUUACAUGGCAACCAGUCUGCCCAGCUGAUCCUUCAGGCAGCGUUUCCUCUGCAGCAGCAAGGCACCUUUGCAACUGCAACACAACAACAGCAGCAACUGCAACAGCAGCAACAACAGCUGCAGCAGCAGCAUCAACAACAACAGCAACAGCUGCAACAACAGCAUCAACAACAGCAGCAGCAGUUGCAGCAACAACAACAGCAGCAGCUACAGCAGCAACAACAGCAACAGCAGCAGCUACAGCAGCAAUUGGCAGCUCAUCGCUCAGACAGCAUGACGGACCGGUCCAAUGCACCACCUCAGUAGCUGACCACACAUCAGAGAGACACAACCAAAUCUCCAUUGAGCAGUCUUGCAAGCUAGGAGGCUUCUGAGGGGAAUGUUUGAAGCUAAAAAAUAGCAGUAUUUGUACUGUACCCUCUCAGAUAUCCUUCCACUGCUUAUAGGUGAAGGGCCAGACCUAAUCGGGUGUCGUUUUUCACCCCAUGCCCUCUUCGACCUAUAGGUAGUUGAUCAACGGCUGCUUGCACUGAAUUCUGGGAGAGGUCCGACCACGAACGCCGAACUUUCUGCUGGCUGGCAAGGGAUUUUUCCGCAAGCUGUCACCAUCACAUCCCCUUUGUCUCGUAUGCCCAGUGUGUGCCGUCAUCCCUCUUUCACAGGUUUAAUUUAUGCAGAUUGAGUGCUUCAAGACUUCAAAGAAGUCCCACAGGACAAACAGCGCUUCUCUUUCUUUCUGCCUCUCUUUCUCUUCAUCUUUCCUCCUCAUUUUACUUGUCGAAGUAAUUAUGGGUCAGAAAAUAUUUUUAAGAAUGUCGUGUGGAUUCCACUUUUAUUGUACAGUUCACCUGUAAAAUAAUGUGUAAAUAUAUGGACAAAAGGAAAGAGAAACUAAUAUUUUAUAUGAUGCAUGAGAUGAAAAGCGUAGUCUGUUAUUUGUAGCUUUGAAUAUACUUUUUUUUCUAAUAUUCAAAGGAAAAAAAGCAAAACUUAAUACACAUAAUGGCUGAUCUCUUCACAGACUUCCUUUUUCCAGUGGGAUAGGGGUGAGUGUGUGUGUAUGUGCUUGCGCACGUGUUCGUAUGUAUGUGUGUCUGCCAAGCAGGCGAUGCUGGAUCCACAGAUUGUGUCACAGUUGGUUUAAAAACGGCCUUCAUAUUUUAGUAAAACUGUUAAAGGAACAGGCAAUCUUUAGAUGUUUUGCAUCUUAUGCAGUGACACCUUAGUAAUUUCAAAAAAAUAUAGAUAUGAAUAUUUUAGAGAGAUGUUUUACAUUUGUAAAUACUUUAAAAAGAAGGCUUCAGAUUUAGUAUAUCUUGCAGUUAGGCAAAAAUAUAGAAAUGGUGCUCUGCUAAACUGGAACUGAUGCUUAAAUAAGCAGGGUUAUGAUGAGGAAAAAUAUAUUCAUCUUAAACAAUACAGGUAAAUUAGCUUAAGGCUAAGCCAUAGCUUCCUUUAGUUUUACAUGGUUGUUUACACUGUUAUACAGUGUUUUCGGUAUGGUUCAUUAAGUAGGUUUGAAUAACCAGAAAUAUAAACAACCAAACCUGUUAAUCAUUUAGAGAUUAUCACAUAUUUGCACAGCUUUAAUGCAGGAGUACUUUCACUUGCCUUUCUCGGGUUUCCGCUCAUCGUCAAACGAUGACAUUUCAGUGAUAGCGACUUGACUUUGCGAACUUCUUCCACUCUCAUAGACACUCUUGAAAAGCAGGAAUGUAUAGGUUCACUAGUACCUCUGUAACGCUGACAAAGUCACUAGCAACUUCUAGCUCUUAGCCCAACGCACAGAACACAAGCCUAGUGUUGACAAUCUGAUUCUGUUUAUUGGCCCCUGUAGUAUUACAGUUAAAAUAUGCCAGAUUAUAGUAGAUUAAUUUGAUAUUUAAACGGAUUAACUGCGCCUUCAGGAUUUUGAGAUUUAUAUUUAUGCUUGUUUGACAAGACAGUCCUUGCUAGAAUUGCAGUUUCCUCAAAGUUGCUCGAUCAGACAUUGUUAGCAGUUAGCCUUCAUGAAUGUUCAAAAGUAAUAGUUAUGUUUUCCUGCAUUUAAAGGGGUCAACAUAAAUUAAAAUCAUAUAAAUAAAUAAUUAUCGCACACACACACAAUUUAUUUAUAUGCUUUUUAUUUUUUAAGAUACCUUAAACAUUAAAAUGUUUUUUGGUCUAACUUUAUAUCAUCUUUAACUACUAUUUAAAUAAAUAAUUUGAUACAAUGCACUUAUUUGUGCAAGUACAUAGUAGUUAAAUGCAUCUAAUAUAAAGUGUGGCCAUUUUAUAUUAUAAAAGCUGAGAGUAGCAGUUUUAACAGUUUUGUAUUUGAUGUAUUGGUCUUGUGAGACAAGACUGUGUUAUUGUUUUAAUUAUUAUUCUAAUCGUCACAUUUUAGUGCACUAAUGAGCAAUAUUGCCUUUUCAGGUCACUACAAAUAGUCAUUUCAAUAUUUUCAAUAUCAGACCUCACCAUAUAUGAAAGUGCCAGUCUGAAUGUUCGGUUUGUGCGGGAUGUUGAAGCCUCCCACCUGGAGUGCUGGUCCAAUCGCAGUUCAUGUUGCAGUAAUCCACCCAAUAGCAGAAUAACCCAAGUGGUCUAUGAUAAUGCAGUAUAUAUUCUAAAUCAUACUUUUGUUCGUUACCCUUCGAGUCGCACCUAUAGUAUAUGACGGUCAUUAAUGUGUUGGUUAUGGUUUCUGUGGUCAUGUAGAAGUAAUGGUGGGCUGUACAUUUCAGUGCCACAGACAUUGUGACCGAACAGCAUGGCUAGAAUGAGCAAGGCGAGAUUAUUGAUUGAAUGUAACUGUCACUUAGCUUUAUAGUAACUUUUAAAGAGGAAUAUAUUGAAAAAAUAGAUGUUCUUAUUUUUCUACAGCAAGAUCAGAACAGAGAAUUUAUGCAGAUAGGCUAUAGAUGAUGUAUAAAACAACUGUUAUAAACCUUUUGCUAGGAAAGGAACAGAAUAUCAAGCUUACUCCACAUUGUAACCUCAAAUGAAGGAUUUAAACAAACUGUGACACACUGGAGGACCAGUUGAACUUUCUCCCCACAAUGCAGUUGGAUUCAGGAAGUGGUUAUUUUAAGGUCUUUGUCUGAGUAAGAGAGGUCAUUGAUUUAUGCUACAGACUCCUACUUAUGUUUUGGAGUAUUUGAAGGUAAUUCAUUUAAAAAUAAGAAAAGAAAAAAAGUCUUGCUUAAAAAGUAAGACGACCAGUCUGGGUCACAAAUGGCGUUCUGAUGCAUAGUGCAUCCUCUCGCACUGGCAUCAGAUGUCAGUUGUUGACAUAUGCGAUGAUGUUUUGGAGUACAAGGGGUUGUUUUUCUGUUUUCUGCACUGAUUUGUAUUAUGUCAGCCCUAAGGUAACAGAGAAAUACUACGGCUUCCUCAGGUUGGUUCAGAAUAAUCAAACCGACAUCAAUCUUCCCUUCCCCCCUUCUUUCUCUUCCUCAUUUAAUCUUGUGAUAGUGACCUAUUCAAUAACACACAUUCUUCUGCAUUUACCAUGAAGAACCACACACACAAAAAAAAAAAAAAACGAAAAAAAAAAAAACAGGAUCUGUCAUAAUGGUUGCCCUCUAUGUACCUCUGGAUUGUCUGUGGUGCUCAAUACAACUUCAUGUCAGCUGGCGUUUAGUAAUUAACCCAAAGAGCUGUGAGGAAAGAUGAGAGAACAUGCCGAAAUCCUGUUAAAUUUGCUUUUGAAACAUUAAAAAAGCGCCCAGUGGAAAAGGAGGUGGUGAACCAUGUUAAAUGUUCUGUAGUUCUGAUGUACGCACUAGAAGUUCUGAAUGUCUAUCAGUGUUCUCUUGCUAUCAUUUAAUCUUUGUACGUGUGAUGUUCUUUGCAGAGCACUCGUGUUUGGCUCAUGAAAUUUAUCUGGUCAGUACAUGUUAAUACAGAGGAAAUAUAACAAAUUAUUUAAAUAUACCUAUAAAUAGGUUUAAACUUUCACCGUUUGUUAGAUUUCUCAAAUUUCAGAGCUCCAUCAGGGGGCACCAGAGCAUAGCUCUGUUUUCCUAAACUCAUUUUUUAGAAAAAAAAAAAAGAAAUCCGUAAUAUCAGAAAACAGUGUGCUGUACUGGGUUCAUUUUGUGAGCCAGGCCAUUCUUACAUUUAACAAAGAAAUAAUGGAACCUUUUUAAACAAACAGUGCCGUUUACUCCCCUUAUUCAAUUUUGAAAAUAAAAUUAUUUAAAAAAAAAAAAAAAAAAAUGCAUUGUAUUGACUGUUUUUAUUAUUUUCUUUUCGGCCUGAUAGUUUUUCCUCUAAGUUUCUUAAGGAUUAGGGGCUUUUUCUGUGAAUCUUUUUUGCAGGUUACAUCAAUACCCCAGUAGGUGGCGACAAGUGAUUCUUUUGUCAAUGAAUCAUCAACUCAACCGAUUCGUUUAAAAACCUUAUUGAUUCUUUCCGGAAUCUGGAUACUAUUGACUGUUCCUCGGAGACAGCGGUUGAUGCUUCUUUGGCUUCGUUUGAAAUCAUUUUUAUGUUGGGACAACAGACCAAGUAGCUAACAACGUAUUUAAAAUGUAAGUUACUCAAUAUUAACUCCUUGUUUGCUGAACUCUUGUAUAUAAGCAAUAAUCACAUCCGCAAUAGUAAUUACGGUGUUACGGUUUAACUGGUUACCGUGUUAUCUGGUACUUGAAAAUGCACAUUCUGAUGCACGAAAAACAAAAAGCAAAUAAACAAAAACACACGGGGCCAUAUUAUUAAUUAAGCCCUAUAUAUAAUAUUAUUAAUCAACUGAAUUUAUAAAGUAGGCUAAUGUGUUCAAUAAUGUUUGAGGGAGCAGCAUUUUGACAAGAAAAUGCCAGUCAAUUUAAGAUUGUCAGCUUGUCAGCGUAACGCACAAGUUAACACGAGCCCAGCCCAUUCUCAUAAUGUAACAGAAAAAUUGUGAAAGCUUUGGAUAACAACCAACUAUCUCAAACAAAUCACAAGAUAGCCCAAUUAAUUAACCCGCCACAACGGUGAUUGAUAACGCUCUUUUUGAACGAGUUCGAAUCCCGAAACGACCAGUCUUUGAAAACUUUUUUUUUUUAUUUAAACGUAGUUUAGCCGUUACAAGUUAUGAAAUCACUUAUUUUUACUUUUACAAUGAUACCAACAUCACGUAUGUGAGAACGUUUAAUUGUAAUGGGCAUGUUUGCAGAAUUGACGAAUCUGCCGCGGAUCGUUUCACAGCUGGAAUUAAGCGCAAGAAGUCACCAGAUAACACGGUAACCAGUUAAACCGUAACACCGGCCUCGAGCCUACCUCCGAAUCACAAUGGUCCAGCUGAGUUCAGUUUAUGAUGCUGAAGGGACAAUUUUGCUAAAUUGUGGGUACCACUUAUGAAUCUACUAUAUAACUUACAUGUUUUGUACACACUUGUAAACGUUCCCGAAAGUUCCGCCGUUACACCGCAGUAAUUCCCUCAUUUACACCUUAACUAGGCCUAUACAACGUAAACACCCCGAUAUGUAGGCUAUAAAUAAUAAUGAUAAUAAUAAAACAACCAAACAAUUACACUCAAAAUGAACCUAAAAUGCAAAAUAAGCCCAAUUAGGGAUAGUAAAGAUCAGUGGCGUAACUUUGUUUUAAAAAGUGGGUGGGACAUGAGUGUGUGUGAUCGCUGUGUUUCAGUUCAAGCGACACAUGAACCGAUCAUCUCUUCCUACUAGUAAUAAACAUGAAUUAACAUCAGUACACACCGUUUUUUAAGUUCACCGACCCCUCCCUCAUUAAAACCAGCGUUCAGUGAUAAAGCGCUCUUCUGUGUGGAGUGUGCAGGAGCGCCAAGAGAGCACAGUUGCAUGCCACUGAUAACAGUGGCAACAUCAAUGAACUCUCAGCAUGAUUUCAAAAACAACACAUUCCAGCACCAGAUCACCUCUUAUUUAACAAACGAAUGAAAUGAAUGCUUUGCUAUUCAACUGGAGAUGUUUCAUGUGUAUUAGGUACAUCCAUGCCGCAAGAUGUUUCAAAAAGUGGUAGGGACAAUAUCGACCCUGGUGAAAAGUGGUGGGGACCUGUCCCACCUGUCCCACCCGCUAAUUACGCCUAUGGUAAAGAUCCAUUUCCAAAAGCACAAACAUGAAAUAAUAUUUAAAAAAUUGUAAUUACUGUAUAGGCUACAGUGUAUUUCAUAGUUUGUGAAGAAAAUAUUAAAUACAAUUAGAAUAUAUAUAUAUAUAUAUAUAUAUUUAAAAAAAGUUAAAUACACUUAUCUAUCAUAUAUAUAUUGAUGUACUGAUUUUUGUUUUAUUUUUGUAAUGUGUUUUUUUUUUUUUUAAGUCAUUUUAUUGUACAAUUGUAUUGCGGUUUGUUACACUAUAUUGCCAAAAGUAUUGGGACACCCCUCCAAAUCAUUGAAUUCAGGUGUUCCAAUCACUUCCAUGGCCACAGGUGUAUAAAAUCAAGCACCUAGGCAUGCAGACUGCUUCUACAAACAUUUGUGAAACAAUGGGUCGCUCUCAGGAGCUCAGUGAAUUCAAGCGUGGUACCAUGAUAGGUUGCCACCUGUGCAAUAAGUCCAUUCGUGAAAUUUCCUCACUACUAAGUAUUCCAUGGUCAACUGUUAGUGGUAUCAUAAAGUCGAAGCAAUUGGGAACAACAGCAACUCAGCCACGAAGUGGUAGGCCACGUAAAAUCACAGAGCGGGUCAGCGCAUGCUGAGGCGCACAGUGCGCAGAGGUCGCCAACUUUCUGCAGAGUCAAUAGCUACAGACCUCCAAACUUCAUGUGACCUUCAGAUUAGCUCAAGAACAAUGCGUAGAGAGCUUCAUGGAAUGGGUUUCCAUGGCCGAGCAGCUGCAUCCAAGCCUUACAUCAUCAAGUGCAAUGCAAAGCGUUGGAUGCAGUGCUGUAAAGCACACCGCCACUGGACUCUAGAGCAGUGGAGAUGUGUUAUCUGGAAUGACGAAUCACACUUCUUUGUCUGGCGAUGGACGAGUCUGGGUUUGGCGGUUGCCAGGAGAACGGUACUUGCCUGACUGCAUUGUGCCAAGUGUAAAGUUUGGUGGAGGGGGGAUUAUGGUGUGGGGUUGUUUUUCAGGGGUUGGGCUUGGCCCCUUAGUUCCAGUGAAAGGAACUUUUAAUGCUUCAGCAUAUUUCAUGAAGACAUGGAUGAGCUUGACUGUGGAGGUGUAGAGGAACUUGACUGGCCUGCACAGAGUCCUGACCUCAACCCGAUAGAACACCUUUGGGAUAAAUUAGAGCGGAGACUGAGAAGCAGGCCUUCUCGCCAACAUCAGUGCCUGACCUCAUAGAUGCGCUUCUAGAAGAAUGGUCAAAAAUUCCCAUAAACACACUCCUAAACCUUGUGGAAAGAGUUGAGGCUGUUAUAGCUGCAAAGGGUGGGCCAACUCCAUAUUAAACCCUACGGAUUAAGAAUGGGAUGUCAUUAAAGUUCAUGUGCACGUAAAGGCAGGCGUCCCAAAACUUUUGGCAAUAUAGUGUAUUUGCAAUGGUUACUCUUUGCUAUUUUUCAUGUUUUUUUAUGGUGAAUUGUAUUAAAUAGUAAACCGCAAAUAUAAUUAUUAAUUAUAAUAAUAGUAUUUGAAACUCACAAUUAAAAAACAAAAACAUACAAAAAUGUAUUGUCCUGUUUUUUUUUUUUUUUUUUUUUUAAAUAAUAGACAAUAACAAGUGAGAUUUUAAGGAUAUUUUGACCACUGACUGAAUUGUGAAUAUCAAACUGAACUUUGUGGAAACAUAGCACAAGCACACUUUUCAGUCAAAACAUUUACAUUUUUUAGCUUUCAGCAUAUGAAGCAAUAGGUUGUCUUAUUUUGAACAAUAUAGCCCAAAUCAUGUUGUAUUUGUCAAAUAUUGUGGAACAUGUUCAUAUGUUUAUGUGAUGGAACUACAGUGGUGCUAGGACACUUGUGUGAAGUUGAUGGCCACAAAAAGUGACUUUCCAGUUGGUUAAAAGGGGGCUCAAAAAAGCAAAUUUAGUUCAGGGAAAAGCUUGCCACAUGGUUUGAUAUUUUGCAUCUAAUGCAAAGAAAUUCAUACAAUUGUACAUACGACUUAAGUGUCAAAAAACAAUUUGAGACCACAUUUGUUAACAUCUCAGGAAAAUGUGCUUCAUAACCUUGUAGGUUUUUACAUCUGCUCCUUGGUUUAAAUUGUUCAUAGUUUAAAACAAACAACAACAACAACAAAAAAACAUCUGAAAGACUGAGACUGACCUUUUUAUUCAAUAUUUACAGGAAUAACAUUUUUGUAGUUCCUCUAAAGUUCAUCACACUUUUUAACCCCUGUCAAAUAUUGACAAAGUCACCCUGAAAAUGUUACAAAAAAAAAAAAAAAAAAGAACCCCCA